AAGCUCGGUGUGUGUGUCUCUCUCUCCGCCCCUUCAGCUCCUAUAGUCUGCUCUGCUCUCCUCAUUCCUCCAGCUGAUCUGCCUCUCCCCAUCCUCCUCCUUCUCCUCCUCCUCCUCAUCCAUCCAUCCGCCCGGACAAUCUGCUCUCAGCCGCGGGACGCAGCAGCAGAAGCAGGGCGGUGUCUCUGCCUGAGCGCGUUCGCCGGCUCCUACAGACCUAAAUGGUCGACAUUUGGACGGGAAUCCGACUGAGGAACCUGGAAGGACAGGUAGGAUUGUGAGUGAUCAGGAUGUCGGAGAAGGGGUCCGCUUCAGAUAUGAAGAACGCCAUGGAGGGAGACAGCAGAAGAGUCAAUCAGGAUCACGACUCAAAGAUGUCGGAUGAGCACCGGGACACAGACGACUCUUCAGAGAAAACACCCAGCAGGGUAUCCAGAUCCCCGCAGAAAUCCUCCAAAAGACCAAAGACAGUGCCUGUGAAAGUCUCACUGCUAGAUGGAUCUGACUAUGAGGUUGGAGUGGAGAAGGCCUGUAAGGGGCAAACCCUGCUGGAUAUGGUGUGUGAGCACCUGAACCUGCUGGAGAAGGACUACUUUGGCCUGCUCUUCUACGACACUGACAGCCAAAAGAACUGGCUGGACCCAUCCAAAGAGAUAAAAAAACAAAUCCGAGUGGGCUCCUGGCAGUUUUCCUUCUCUGUCAAAUUCUAUCCUCCUGAUCCCUCUCAGCUGAUAGAGGACAUCACACGGUAUUACCUUUGUCUGCAGCUGAGGGAGGACAUGCUGUCUGGGCGUCUGCCAUGCUCAUUCGUCACACACGCUCUGCUGGGCUCGUACGCCGUGCAGGCCGAGCUGGGCGACUACGACCCGGAGGAGCACGGGCCAGACUAUGUCAGCGAGUUCCGCUUCGCCCCCAGCCAGACCCGUGAGCUGGAGGAGAGAGUGAUGGAGCUCCACCGCACAUACAGGGGUAUGAGUCCUGCAGAGGCUGAGGUGAACUUUCUGGAGAAUGCGAAGAAACUUUCUAUGUACGGGGUCGAUCUCCAUCAUGCCAAGGACUCAGAGGGCAUUGACAUCAUGCUGGGUGUAUGUGCCAGCGGCCUUUUGAUCUACAGAGACCGCUUGCGCAUAAACCGCUUUGCCUGGCCCAAGAUCCUGAAAAUCUCCUACAAGAGAAGCAACUUUUACAUCAAAAUCCGCCCUGGAGAGGUAGAGAAAAAGUACGAACAGUUUGAGAGCACCAUUGGCUUCAAGCUGCCCAACCAUCGAGCCUCCAAGCGCUUGUGGAAGGUCUGCAUUGAACACCACACGUUUUUCAGGUUGGUCUCUCCUGAGCCUCCACCCAAAGGCUUUCUGGUGAUUGGAUCCAAGUUCCGCUACAGUGGGCGGACCCAGGCGCAGACACGCCAGGCUAGCGCUCUGAUUGACAGGCCGGCCCCACAGUUUGAGCGCUCAAUUAGCCGGAGGUACAUGCUGUCCCGCAGUCUAGAUGGAGCUUCUGCUCUGGGGGACACUAUGGACAGACUGUCUCAGCACACACCCAGUGAACCUACACCUAGCAUGGAGUACAUGGAGGCCAGUCAUGAGCAGUACUUUGACCAGGAGCAGGAUCAGCCUGAAGAUAGAGACUCUGAAAGCGAAGCUACUCCAUCAAAAACUAUGGAGCUGAAGAGGGAGGAGCCAGGGUCUCCUCUAGACUCUAAGGCAGAGUCGGACCAGGAUUUGGCCCCACGCCCUAAACAGGAGCAGUUCCUGGAUAAGCCGGAGGAUGUCCUGCAGAAGCAUCAGGCCAGCAUCAACGAGCUGAAGAGAGCACUGAGAGAACCCAACAGCAAACUGGUCCACAGAGAGAAACGCCUAUCUGCAGCUUCUUCUGGUAGCACUCCAGAGAAAAAAGCUGCCUCUGAGGAGCCCUUAUUGAUUGAGAAGCCAGACGGUUGUCAAAGAGAGCUGACCCUCAGUUCAAAAGAGGAAAAGAACAAGAGCCCUGCUAGAAUAGAUCCGUCACUCACUGCUUCUCAGCGUGAAGGAGAGGAAGUGAUGAGAGGAAAAAUCCAUACGCCUCAUGGUGGCGCGGUGGGAAGCUAUGCCGUAACGAGGAAAGCCAAGAAGAACUCCAUCCCGUCCCCGGAGAAACCUCAGAGGAGCAUGGCUAAAGGUUCGGUAUUGAGGAACCAACAUAGCCAGGAUUCUUAUUCCUUUGGGGACGACGAAAAUGGUAAUGGACUCCCAUAUGAGAGACAUGUGGAGAACAGAGUGGAGAACAGCAUUCACACCAAUGGUUAUGAUGAAUACCCAGCAGAGAGACACUGGACCGACAGGAGGUACAUGCGCACAGGCCGUGAAGAAGAUGCUGUAAACUCUACUGUGGACUUUUGGAACUAUGAAGAAAAGAGUUGGGGCGAAGCUUCGCCCAAUGCAGCCGUAGACAAACAUAUGAGAGAUCAGUAUAAUGGAAGCAGAUGGCAGAAACAUGCAAAUGCUGAAGGUGGAAAAGACAAAACACAAAGAAGACAGGAGUCUGAAGAUUCAACUGAUUCUGUUAGAAGCAUUACCUCUCAAUCAGAGGGAAAACGAGCCGUCCCCUUGAAGCCAGAGAGGUCAAAGAAGUUGAAGGGAAACAAGGGAGUCAAGCCAAAUGAAGACCAGCCUGAAAGCCUGAGCAGAUCAGUUGACGAGACUGAGGCAACAAAGUCAAAUGAGGAAUCUUCUGGAAGUGAAAAGGAGCCCCUCCCCACUCCAGCAAUUCAUGCGGAACCUCAGGAGGAUGCCCAGAGGGAGCCAUGGGAACGACGCCUAGGAUCUGUGUCCGAGGACGACCCUGAUCCAGAAACCCUCUAUCUUAAAGAGACCCACCUCGGCAUUGAGCGCAAAUGCUCCAGCAUCACCGUCAGCUCCACUUCCAGCCUGGAGGCUGAGGUAGACUUCACUGUCCUUAUGGAUCUUCAGACAGGGAUGGAGGAGUUCUCCAGAGGAAUGUCUGAGCUUGGGGAGAAGGACUUCUCGUCUGAGCUUGGUCUUUCAGACCGAGACCGGCCGACCCAUCCGGCCUUCAUAUUAGGAGCUGACCCCAUCAUCCUGCCAGAGGAGAAACACGCAGACAUAUGGAGAACUGUGGAGGAAUCGAAACCUGUGGCACACGUGGUAGAGCAGAAGCCUGUGGAAGAACGUAAACCUGAGCCUUUUGUUCCAAAAAAAGCUCCCCGGUCAGUGAAAGCUGCUCAGGCUUUGAAAAAGGAGUCUGCAGAGCUGGCUAGUAUGCAGGCAGUCAGACGAGAGGGCUCCGAGAUAGCAUCCUUCCAGCCUCACAGCAGUGACAUCAUCGCCUCGCAGGCUCUGAGGAAGACUGAAGUUAAGAUCGAGACACAGCCGAAUGGAUCGGAGGUCACUACAACCAUAAUGGAGAUUACAGACCAGGAUCAUGGCAUGCAUGGUUUGCGGGAAGGUUCUUUUACAAUGACGGAGAGGAUCUCUCCUGUCAGCUUUGGGUCUUUGGCAAGAGAUGGAUCUGGGUCUCCUUUAAUGGUAACGGAGAGUGUGACAUCAACCACAACAACACAUGUAACCAAGACCGUGAAAGGAGGAUACUCUGAGACAAGAAUUGAAAAAAGGAUUAUUAUUACAGGAGAUGAUGAUGUUGACCAAGAUCAGGCGCUCGCCAUGGCAAUAAAAGAAGCCAAGCAGCAGCAUCCUGACAUGUUGGUAACCAAGGCCGUCGUUGUCAGGGAAACAGAAUCUUCCACACACGACCCACAUGAGGAGUCCAAGUCCUGAUCUCCUAGUGUCUCAGGACCGCAGAAGUGUAUAGGAGAAGUUCUGGAUUGGAAACCACCAAGUAUACCAGGACCUCAACAGAUUGCUUACAGAUACACACUCGCAUACGUACAUGCUCCUUCUGAACUUGGAACUUGUCAUAUAUGCACCUCAUUUUUGCUUUUUUAUUUGCUGUGGUUGUGAAAAGUUGGAAGGGAUCAUUUUAUCUAAACUUUAUCUGGUUGUGGGUCUGUACCGUCUCUCCAGGGACAAAGACUUUUGGCAGACUGCUCUGCAGCACAACAUCCACUGGUGUUCAGUUUGAUGGAACACACACCGUUUCACCUUCAUCGUCCAAGCGAACUUUUCUCUUCACUUCUCUAUCGGCCCAAAGGUGGCUUCCAAAACUUCCACAUAGAUGAUUCGUCUUGAUGUAAGGGAUCUAGGAACAAAGGAAGACUAAAUAUGUUUUUAAAGAACUUUCAAACAACAGAAAAAGUUACUCGUCUCUGCGCACAUAUGCCCAUGCAUAUUCAGUCCGCUUCAGUUACACUGCGUCUGGAUUUCCAUCCCAUUCACUUGCAUGUGGCAAAUCAGGGUUUUAGCCUAGGAUAAAAUGAAGAUGAUCAACAAACUAAACAAACACAGACAGAACCAAACCAACUACAGCAGGUCAGUGCACUCAUCAAACAGGCACAUAUGGCGCAGACAGGGGACGGACAGAUUGCUGGACACAAGGACACCAGUUUAUGCCAACAAACGGAAAAAAGACGAAGCUUCUGAGAAGCAACAGAUCUCAACAAGAACUAUGAAGUGUAGAGAGGAGGAGAAAUCAACAGGAAGCUGCUUUGAAACGUGGCGACUGCUUGACCUCCUCUGAAAAAUCCUCUGCUUCUCUUUUCUCCACAAUUUUAAGGUUAUUUUUAUUUAAACUGCUACAUUGUACUUAAUAUACUGUUUUAAGACUUGGAACCCCCUCCUAGAAUCCUCCUGUAAGAGGUCACUGUCACUGUUGUUACAAGAAAAACAACAACAGUUGCUGGUAAUGAAGAUCAUUAAAGAUAUUGGACAUUGGAUGCCAUAUCUAUCAAAUUAGAGAGAUUAGACUGAAUCUGGUUCCAAAUUUAUAUAAAUGCUUGCAAAACAAUGCCAGAUUUUUUUUUAUAUAAUUAAUAGAAGGAAAUGCUAGUAAUGCAUAAUGUUCAAGUCUGCAUAUUUGUAUCAUAUGCAUGUGAAACUGUUCAGUCACUAUUACACGCAGUUCCACUUUAGAGAAACAAAAGGAGGCGAACAACAAAUAUACUACACAACAAUUGGCUUUCAAACACCCCAGAGACUCAAACUACACAAACUUGUGUAUAGACAUUUUUCUUUUUUUGUGUGUGACUCUUAUUCUUGGUUUAUUAGCAGAAGACGCGGGCUCUUUCCUGACCUCGGUGCACUAUGUUAGUCCCACAAAGACAGUUAAUGGAUGCUGUAUUACAUGUGUAAGAGAUCACUGCAGGUAUUAGUGUGUUUCAGUCGGACCGAUCCCGUACUCUGUGGUAGAUGUCACGAGGCUUUGAUUUCUAUUUUCAGUGAAGUGUGUACAAACAGUGAUUCUCUUUCCAAACUUCCCUCUGUGAUACGAAUGCUGGAACAGCAUCAAGAAUGACUGCAGGUGUAUGUGUUGUAGUGUUUCAUGAGGUACGUACGUGUGUGGGCUUUAAUUGGUGUGUGUAUUGCUAUUCUUUAAAAUGAGUGUUGGAGGAUGUUGGUUCAAAUGAAGAAAAGACGAUUAGAAUGCUGGAGAUGUCUCGUUGUAGAUGAUGUUCUUAUGGACCUUCAACAAAGGACUGCACUGUAUGCUUUUUUUACUUUCCUAGAUCAAAGAUAGAGGUAGAAAAGUCUCAGACGUUUAUGUUGUGCAAUUACAGAUUUGUUGAGGGGCGGUUCUCCAACCAGAAUUCGUUCAGAUUAAGCUCUUUUUAAAUCCUGUAAAAUUCCUGAAGAGUAAAAUACUAGCUGUGUUCCAAAGCCUAGACUGUAGUGAGACCAUUCUAGCAUGACUCCUAGUGACAUUCUAAAGGCUAUAAGGCUAUUUCUGCUUUAUACAGCUCUGGAAGAAGUUAGGAGACCACUUUCAGUUUCUCUGAUUUUGCUAUUUAUAGGUACAUGUUUGAGUAAAAUGAUAGCUAUUGUUUUAUUCGAUAAACUACUUAUUUCUCACAAAUUCCAAAUAAAAAAAAUGUCAUUUAGAGCAUUUAUUUGCAAUGAAAUGGCUGAAAUUACAAAAAAGAUGCAGAGCUUUCAGAUGUCAAAUAAUGCAAAGAAGACAAGGUCAUAUUCAUACAUUUUUUAAGAGUUCAGAAAUCAAUAUUUGGUGGAAUAACCCUGUUUUUAAUCACAGUUUUCAUGCAUCUUGGCAUGUUCUCCUCCACUAUUCUCUAACACUGCUUUUGGAUAACCUUAGGCCACUCCUGGUGCAAAUUCAAGCAGUUCAGCUUGAUUUGAUGGCUUGUGAUCAUCCAUCUUCUUCUUGUUUACAUUCCAGAGGUUUUCAGUUUGGCAAAAUCAAAGAAACUCGUAAUUUUUUGGUGGCCUCUUAUUUAUUUUUCCAAUUACUGUUUUUUCCCUCCCUUUUGUUGUGUUGCAAAAUUGUGGGUAACUGAAGGCUGGAAAGAAUACAUCAUCUCUGUCCUCAGAAUUGCUCUAAACAUCAGCUACAUUUCUAGGCUGUAUGAAAAAUAGUCCUUCACGUUUGAACAGCCUUCUACGACAUAGCGGAUAAGAAAUGCAGACUGCUGUGGCAGCAGUCUAGACUUUUGGGACGCAGCUAAUAAUUUUUUGUCAUUUGCCUUCAGUUCAUGGAUAAAGUAUGAUUCUAUGGGUCAAUUUCUCAGACAUGGAUUAAGCCUGCCGCUGGUAUUCCACUGUAAAUAAUCCUAUUUAGCCUAGGCUUAGUCUUAAUCUGUGAAAGUGGUCCUAAUCGAAAAGCAUGAAUGUUGAACAAGCCUGAACACUUCCUAAAUCUGUAGCCCUAAUCCAUAUAUAUUCAUUCAUACAAUUAUUAAGAUACUGCUAAUCAGAAACCUGACAUCUUUUACAUUUUAAAUAUAACCUUGGAUAGCCCUUGAUCCAGUUUUAAAAAAGUAGUCUUUUAUAAAACAUUAGGCAUGCAGGUUCCUGUACACUCGAAACUGUGAUGUAAAAUAAAACUAAAUUCAUCCAGUUCAUUUAAAUUUACAGUGCCAUCUUGUCUGACAUGAGGCUUCAUGUGUAACUGGAGAACCGCCCCUUUGUGUUGCUGGUAACAGUAAAAAAAAAAAAAAAAAAGUGCCAUGGAGAAGCUGCUAUCUCAAUUUCAAGUCAGCAAUCACCUCCUUAACCCACUUUUGACUUUUUUUCUCUCAUCUAUAAAGCAAAAUCUUUAAUCUACACACACCCAACACACUCACACACAAACAAAACCCUGAACAGAAAGCAAUGUGCUAAUGUUAAGCAGUUUCCACCAUUUUGCUCUCAUCUCCUGUUCUGAGGAAGGGUGAAAGUGGGUUUUUCUGGGAAACGGCCAACUCAUGCGAGCAGAUGGUGCUUCCGCUGUAGUUCAGGGUUCAGGACUCCCUCUCCCUUUUCUCUUAUUAUUGAACAUGUGCCACUGAAACAUAAUGAUGUCGAAGGAAGGCGGAGGCUCUGUGAUGAACAGAGUGCCAUCUAUGAUCGGUUUCUCCUGCGUUUACAUUUCUUUCACUCCUACUCUGUACUUCCUACUGCUUGGUUCUCUGUGUUUGCUGUACAGUGUUCUACAUGAAAUAAAUCAAAUCAGUCAAUUAAA